ACUUGGCAGUUUUGAUAGUCUAGUGGUUAUUGUAGUCGUAUUGCCAAAAAAUAUUUAUAAUUAAUUUGAAUGUUUUAUAGGUUUCUAAUAUAAUUGCUUUGAAAUGUAUUUAUCCUUUGGGGUUUUUCUAUGUUUGCUGUGUCAGUCUUUUGGUGAAGUUUCGAUAAAAUAUGCAGCCAUCAUUUAUAGACAUGGUGAUAGAACCCCAAUUGAUCCAUAUCCAACAGAUCCUUGGCGAAACGAAUCAUUAUGGCCCGUUAGAUUCGGUCAACUUACGAAUAUAGGUAAAAGACAACACUAUGCCUUAGGACAAUGGUUUAGAAAAAGAUAUUCUAAUAUAAUCACUGAUAAAUACGACUCUAAGAAGGUAUAUGUUCGAUCAACAAAUGUAGAUCGUACCCUCAUGUCGGCAGAAGUAAAUUUAGCAGGUAUGUAUCCUCCUACGGGUAAAGAAGUCUGGAAUGAUCAUUUAAACUGGCAGCCUAUACCAAUACACACAAGGCCUGAACAUGAUGAUGAAGUGUUAGCGAUGAAAAGAAAAUGUGCACAGUAUGAUAUUGCAAAGAACAAUUUUAUCAAUUCCAGAGCAUAUGAAGAUCAUCUGAGUAAAUAUGAAGGUCUAAUGGAUUACCUGACACAACAUACAUUGAGAAAAAUUAAAGAUUUUGAAGACAUUAAUGAUAUUUACAACAUUUUAUUUAUUGAAGAUUUGUAUAAUUUAACAUUGCCUAAAUGGACACAUUCAGUUUUUCCUGACAAACUUAAAGAACCAGCAUGUUACAGUUUUUCAAUAGCGACUGCAACUCCACUGAUGGCUCGUUUGUUAGCCGGUCCUCUUUUGAAAACAAUUGUGAAUAACAUGUUGAACAAAAUGUCAGAGCAACCAGAUGCUCUGACAAUGUCAAUAUACAGCGGCCAUGAUUUUACAAUUGCUAAUAUUCUAUCCGCCCUUGGAUUAUUUGAUGGAAACUGUCCAUCAUACACUUCCACAAUUAUAUUGGAACUGUUAAAUGACAACUCAACACAUGACUAUUAUGUGAGAAUAUCGUACAGGAAUACAACAGACAUUGUUGAACCACUCAUCCUUAAUAUACCUAAUUGUGGGAAGAUGUGUCCCAUUCAGAGGUUUAUCCAAAUAUAUGAUAAUUUAAUAUCAGUUGACUGGGAAUCAGACUGCCAAGUUCAGAAUAACAACAAUUUGAUUAUAUAUUUCUUUAUAACUAUUCAUAUUUUCAUCUUCGUACUAUAUUUACAAGAUAAUUACAGUGAUGUUUUCAAACAAGAAAAGAGAAAUGAACUACUUCGAAACAGAAGAAUUGCAACUGAUGAAACUAAAACAUGUUUAUGCCCGGAUUUGGAACAUAAUGUUGAUGCAAACAACGUAGAAAAACCUCAAUUGUUAUUGUAGAUUAUAGUUGUAUAAAUUUAACUGGCCCGGUGAGACGCAUACUGGUAUUUAGUUCUGUCAAAAAAUAUGUAAAAGCAGGCUCUGUUGGCCUAGCACGAAUAUUAGACACAAGGACCUUUAUAUCGUCGUCAAUUAUGUCAUAAUUAGUAUGAGAUUUUUGGUAUACUUUAUGUAGGAGGGGGGCCGUUCAAGUAUUACAUAAGAACUAUGGGGAGGGCGGGAGGUCUUUGCUUUGCUUAUUUUGGAUGACAUGGGGGGUAGGGGAGUCUAGAUGAUGAUUACGUCAUCGGUAGUUAUUUACUUUUUUACACGAAUGGCAACCCUCACAUUGUCUUUGCUUGAAAACGAAACUAUUUUCAGGGAUUCCCGCAAAUAAUGCAUACGUUUAGGCACUCGCUUUAGAACCGAGUAGGGGAAUUACCGCGCGCUAUUCACUUGUCUAAAUUUCCUCUGUCAGUGUAUUGUUUCGUUUGGAAUACUAUAGC